GAGGGGGGGGGAAGAGGGAGGAGGGCCGAGCGCCGCCGCUGCCGGGGCACCGAGCGGCUCCCCCAGCCCGUCCGCCGGGGCCCGCUCAGCCGCCGGUAACACCUCCGCGGCCCCCUCCUUUUAGAGGGGAGCGGGGCCGGGUGAAGGCCGUUGAGCGGCCCUACAACCACCACAAUCACCACCAUGUCCGGGCGCGGCCACAACAAGCUGCCGACCACCGAGCGCAUCGUCAAGGCUGUCCCGUUUCCUCCCACGCAGCGGCUCACUCUGAAGGAGGUGUUUGAGGAUGGGAAGCCUAGGCUUGACGUCUUGAAGAGCCACUUGGUAAAGGAAGGCCGCCUAGAAGAGGAUGCGGCGCUGAAGAUCAUCAACGAUGGGGCUGCCAUCCUUAGGCACGAGAAGACAAUGAUUGAAGUGGAGGCUCCGAUCACAGUGUGCGGUGACAUUCAUGGGCAGUUUUUUGACCUGAUGAAGUUGUUUGAAGUUGGAGGAUCACCCAAUAACACCCGCUACCUCUUCCUGGGAGACUACGUGGACAGAGGCUACUUCAGUAUAGAGUGCGUGCUGUAUUUAUGGAGUUUAAAGAUAAACCAUCCCAAAACAUUGUUCCUCCUUCGAGGGAACCAUGAGUGCAGGCACCUCACAGAGUACUUCACCUUUAAGCAGGAAUGUCGAAUCAAGUAUUCGGAGCGAGUGUAUGAUGCGUGUAUGGAUACAUUUGACUGUCUUCCUCUUGCUGCCCUCUUAAACCAGCAAUUUCUGUGUGUUCAUGGAGGACUGUCUCCAGAAAUCACGUGUCUAGAUGACAUUAGGAAAUUAGACAGGUUUAAGGAGCCUCCGGCCUUUGGUCCGAUGUGUGACCUGCUCUGGUCCGAUCCAUCAGAGGAUUACGGCAAUGAGAAAACGCUGGAGCAUUUCGCCCACAACACUGUUCGAGGCUGCUCCUAUUUCUACAGUUAUCCUGCAGUUUGUGAAUUUUUGCAGAACAAUAGUUUGUUAUCUGUAAUCCGAGCUCACGAAGCCCAGGACGCUGGGUACCGAAUGUACAGGAAGAGCCAGACAACAGGCUUUCCGUCGUUAAUCACAAUCUUCUCUGCACCAAAUUACUUAGAUGUCUAUAACAAUAAGGCUGCUGUACUCAAAUACGAAAACAAUGUCAUGAACAUCAGGCAGUUCAACUGUUCCCCUCAUCCGUACUGGCUUCCAAACUUCAUGGAUGUCUUCACAUGGUCUUUGCCUUUUGUAGGGGAAAAGGUCACAGAAAUGCUCGUUAACAUCCUCAACAUAUGCUCCGAUGAUGAGUUGAUUUCAGAUGGCGAUGAGACAUUGGAAGAUCACUACAUUUCAAGCUAUCAGAAAGGUGGGACAACAGUCCGUAAAGAGAUCAUCAGGAAUAAGAUUAGAGCCAUUGGGAAGAUGGCACGUGUCUUCUCGGUUCUUCGAGAGGAGAGCGAGAGCGUGCUGACUCUCAAAGGCCUGACUCCCACAGGUACACUGCCCCUGGGAGUGCUCUCAGGGGGGAGGCAGACCCUACAGACUGCCACAGUAGAAGCGGUAGAGGCACGGGAAGCCAUUCGUGGAUUUUCACCGCAGCACAAGAUCCGCAGCUUCGAAGAAGCCAGAGGUCUGGAUCGCAUUAACGAACGCAUGCCGCCGCGCAAAGAUUCAAUGCACUCAGACGGGCCGGUGAACUUGGUAACCUCAACAAACUCUGCGGACAAGAAUGGCACAGGGAAGAAAGCCCAGUAACGGUCCGAGCGCCCAAUCUGCACCACUAAAGGAUCCAAAACUUAAUGAAUUUUAUUUAUUUAUUAUUGGGGUGGGGUGGGGGCAGGGGAAAAACCAACUUCACCUGGAGGCACGUUCAUAAUCCAGUUUGCAUCCAUUCUGUAAGAAAGGUGACCAUUUUGUAAUUUUUUUAUUUAUGUUCAAUAUAUAAAAAGUCCAUCUUUUUUUAAUUUAGAAACCAAUCUAACUGCUAGUGCAUAUAUGAAGUGUUGUGCUGUACAGCUGACCUCUCCUCCACGAGAGGCAAACCUCUGUGGGGGGAUUAAAAGAAACAAAAACAGUCCCAGGCAACUUGGGUCGUUGACUUUUGGUACAAUUCGAAGUUAGCCUGUGCUUUCAAAAGCAGGUCCUUCCGUUGAAAAAUAGGGUUGGUUUGGUUUUUCUUUUCACAACUCUCUUCUUCCCAGAGUUUGCUGUUCGUUUUUCUUCAACUUCUUGCCUACCUGCAUCUGCUGCUUUGGUAACCGAAUCUGCGGAAGGCACGUUGCGUGGGGCAGCUGGCUGGGAUCUGUCCCUUCUCCAAGGUGACAUCCAAAUACUCACGAUUAGCUCUAAAGCACUCCAGUGUGUUAUACCAAUCACGGCGCCUUUUCCUUCAGUAAUUCAGUUUUUAUUCCAGUGAAGCCCCAAGCAAAAAUAAAAAAAGUAACCUCUUAAUGAGAACGGGAAGGCAGGCGGGAGAAGCGCUGCCCCUUGUUGCAGCUCUUCCCGAAGCUUUGGCCGUGGGGACUCGGUGCGGCCAGCUCUGCGCCAGACUCUGUCAGCUGGGGCUGUCCAUGUGGCAGAAAUCCCUCUGGGAUUCCCUCUGAUUCAGAGCAGGAGUUAUCUCCGGACUCUAGUGAUCAGCAGGUCUUUGGGAAAUCUGCACAGCCUGAAUUUGAACGGAAAAAGGGGGUGAUUUAUAACCCGUGGACAGAAAGACCUCCCCCUGCUUCCACCCUCACACACCGCAGAGCCCGCGGCACGUUCUCCUGCGCCCAGCUCUCGAAUCAGCCCUUGCUGAUCGGUGUUUGAGUGGUGGGCGCACGAGGUGGUCUCCCCUAAGCCAGCAUCGCCUCCCAGUCAUCCAGCAUGCGUCUUUUAUGGGCGGGGGGGGGCGUCUUUCACCUACUCAGGCUUACCCUGCUGCUGGUUACCUUGUUAGCCAGCGGCUAUUCCUCCGACUCCAAAGGAGCCACGGGCACAUCAGCCUUUCCUGGCAGCUGGAGAGGGGUUUGCUGGCUUGUGAUAAAGAUUUGGGGAAGGGUGGGUGAGGGUGCUGCUCGUUUUUUUUGGUAGGGAUGCGGCUCGUGGGCUGGCGGCCAGCGGCGAGGCGGCUUUGCUAAAAAGCCCCUGGUCUGGGAGGCGCGUCCCUCCCUCGGCUGCCAGGGAGGGAGGAUGGUUUUACCGUAGGUUGGCAGGUAGAAAAACCGAGUGGAUCUAGCAGAAAUUUGUGGAAGGGUGUUUGUGCAGAGCUGGAGAGAGAGGGGGAUUUCCCGGUGAAAGGAGGGUUUCCAGAGGACUCCCUCUUUGCAGUGCCAAGGGGUUUUGAAGCUUGGAUCUGUUAAGCAGAGACUUGCUCUUUCACUUAAACUUUGACCCGAAGUGAGUGUUGAGAAAGGGGUUUUGUGAGAUUCCCGUUUUCGGUCGCUCCCCUUCCCCGCGUGUCAUUUGAGCCGCGUCCUCUUCUGCCUGCGAUUGCACAGAGUCAAAGCAGCAGCUUCCGGAAGCAAAUCCCUUGCCAGCUUUCACUUCUUUUUCCAACUUAACUGUCUAUUAUGCUUUUUCCAAGCAAGGGCAGCAGGUGAGCGGGCUUAGCCUCUAAUAAGGGAUAUUUGCCAACCCCUUCUCUGGAUCUUGCUGUCUUUCCUUUGUGCUCCAGCCCUAAGCUGCGAUUCCAGCGACAGAGGGAAACAGCAACUUUGCAGGAAGCUUUCAAAUUGUCUUAUAAUCAUACGUCACUUAAUUUCAUGCCAGCUAUUUAGGAAACAGUAUCUGUGAGCAGACCACUGGGUUUUCACAAGAGACUUUUGAGUCGCAUGCCUCCACUUUUCCUUUUUUUUUUUCCCUUUAUUUUUUACACGCCCACUGCUUUGCAAAAAAAGCGCGAGAUGUUUUGAGCAAGCUUCUCUAACCCCAUAUGAGGCGUGGGGCCAGUUGCCUUUGUCUGUGAGUAUUUCUUCUGUUUUUUAACGGCAUCCUUUCUGAAACACAGUGAGCCGAUGUGUGGUAUCUUCCUCUGAGAGCGCAAACCGUGCAAAGGUGCUGCCCGUGCAUGUUCGGGCGUGUUGUUCUGACCCAGGCUGGGAUCUCACCCAAGCAGCAGUUUUAGUCGGGAGCUUUGGCAUGGGUGCUGCGGGGGGAUGCUCGUGACCCCGAGCCCGGCAGCCCGUGUGUGGGGGCUCAGCGGGGACCGUCCCUUUGCAGAGGGGGAUUCGCUUUGCUCGCGGUUUGUGUCGUCCCUCCCCCCCCCCCCCCAUCUUCUCAUGCUCUGGCUUCGCCAGCUCCCCCACCCACCCACCCACCCAAAACCCGUUUGGCCCUUGUGCUUCAUGGUUUGCCGCCCUCGCAAAGCACGGCGGGGGGGUGCUGAUGGUGUUGCGAGGAGCUGUGACCCCCCCGCACACACCAGUCCCAUCCCUGGAGCUGGGUGUUGCUGACAAGGUCCCCGUGGCUGGUGGGGGCCGCAGCUCCGCAGCAUCCCGGCCCAGGCGGGGCUGGUGCCCGUCGGGGAAGGCGGUUAAUGGCUGGAUGUUGGUCCCCUCCCCGGCGGGGAGCCCUGCCAGGAGCCGUAUGGCACGUAUGGAUGCCAUACUGCCAGGCUCCCGUUGCUCUAGCAACGCUGGUGCUGGUCCCCCGUUCUGCGACAGGAGUUCCCGAGGGGCUGAGGAGCAGCAAUGGGGCGCGUGGGUGCUAAUUACCCCCUCGAUUGAUGAACGCUCGCCCGUGUAACCCUCUCGGCGCUGGCAGCCCCCGGCCGGCAGCAGGAGCUGCGGGGAAGGCAGAGCUUUCCCCUGCCCCAGCGCCGAGCCGCGACACCCCGUCCCCUCUUCACCAGUUCUUGGGGAAAGAGGGCGAUGAGGACCUCGGAGCAGAGGCCGGCAGCCGCCAGCAAGGUCCCUCGCUCAUCCCUGCCCCAUCCCCACCACAGCAAAACAAAAAAUGGCAGAAAUCCGCAGGUUUUCCCCACCGCCACCCUCUUCCUCCUCCUUUCCCGCCCUCCCCUGCAAAGCCAGCGCCUCGGAGCUAUGCACGUCUCAAGAACCCUCAUCUCAGAGCUCCCGCCUGUCCCUUUCCCUCCCCGGCUGCCACCUGGAGCUUGGCAAACGGGGCUCCGGGAACGCGAGCCAAGGAGCACGACUGGCCCCGGGGAAAGCCCAGCCGCCUCCUCCGCGGGCUGGCCUCGCAGCCUGGGUUUUUUUGGUUUUUAUUUUGCAUGUUAGAGCAAGGUGCAUGUACCAAGGAGGGGAGUCAGCAAUGGGUCGGGUGGUGGGUUGAGUUCAAGCUUUUUUUUUUUUUUUAAUAUUAUUUUUAUUAUUUUUUUUGCGUUGGGAGAACCUCUUGCUGCCCGUGCCGGCGCUCGGGCACGGAUCCGACUUAGCGAGGCGCGGUGGCAGGGACGCGUGGAGGCCGACCGGCCUCUGCCAGAGAGGACCUGAAGCCCCACGGGAUACGUGCUGGGUGCAGUGAUGGUGAUUUUAGGGUUCUCGAUGCUGAAGGAUCAUACGCCCGUUGCCUGGAGACUGCCUCCUUUUUUAUUUUUUUUCCUGCUUUUUUUUUUUUUUAGUUAUGUUUAAAGGAGAAAAAUGGUGAAAAUGUUAUUUAUUGGCAGAAAUUAUUUAAUAUAAUUUCUUUUUUUUUUUGUGAAAAAGGAAUGAAUUUGUUAGAACUGUCUUUAAUGUAAAUUGGAAGUCAUCUUUAAGGAGAAAAAAAAAAAAGUUAAAAAUUGACACAGUCA